CAGAUCAGAGAUAGAUUGAAGUGUACAUAUUACGUAUCCUUAAACCAAUCACAAGUCACUACGUUGCCAAGUUUUGCCUGAUUGGUUCCUAAACUUGAUCUUCAAUUUUCCAACGAAGGGUUCCUUACCAUCUCUUCUAACCUAAAAGCUAAACCCAAUCCCCAAUCUCUUCUAAGUUAAUAAUCUUGAUAUUGGCAUCUUCAAAUAUCUUUCCCAGAAUCUGAAAAAAGGAAUAAUUUAGAUUCCAAGAAUGGGAAACGCUCUGAGAUUCUUGUAUGGUCAUUGCUGCAAACCUUCAGCAGACUCCGACUCCCUCGGCCAUCACGGUGUUACACACACCACCGUCGGCGUUUCAGCUCUAGCACACGAUCUCUACAACUUUGAGAUCACCUCCCAGGUUCCUCAAGGAUUGAGUAAGCAUGUUGUCUCAUCCAAGAAGGCUCAAGCUAACUGGUAUAAGAAACUUUCAGACGCAUGGAGAGAAACAAAGCCUCCCCCUAAAACACCUGAAGAAGCUUCAAGGCUUGUCAUUCAGACCUUGAAAAGACAUCAGAAAGCAGAUGUCGAGGGGUUAUUGGCUUUCUAUGGUCUUCCUCUUCCUCACUCCCUAGUUGAACUGAGCAGCGAUGGUGCUCCUCCAUCACAUCCGCAGGGACUCAAGUUCGAAUUGCAUACUCUCCCUGUGGACGCCAAGGCCGUAGCAGAUGGUGAUACAGUAACUGUAUAUGUUAGUACAACAGAUCCUAGAGAGUCAUCGUGUCUCCCAAGAGAUGUGCAAGUUGCGGCAGUUCAAAGAUCAAAAGCAAGGGCUCAGAAGAAUUAUCCCAAAGCAGAUGAACUGCACAAACAAAUCAUAGAUUCAGGAUACCGAGUGAUACCAGUGAACAAUGAGGAAGUUCUCGCUCGAAAAUAUAGGAUCAGAUUAAGGGGAAUAGAUGCACCAGAAAGUGCAAUGCCAUAUGGUAAAGAGGCCAAGGAAGAACUAACUAAAGUUGUUCAGGGCAAGAGUUUAAGGGUCUUGAUUUUUGAGGAGGAUCGCUAUGGCCGUUGUGUAGGAGAUAUAUACUGCAAUGGCAUAUUUGUACAGGAAGUGAUGCUGAAGAAGGGCUUGGCUUGGCACUAUACUGCGUACGACAAGCGUCCAGAGUUAGAAAAGUGGGAGAAAGAAGCUCGAGCAAAACGAAUUGGCUUGUGGGCAGCCAGAAAUCCUGAAAUGCCAUGGGAAUGGAGGAAGCAGAAACGUGAAAACCAACGUUCUUGAAACCAACAAAGAUAUGCUUUUCUUGAUAAAUAAGAGCUCCGACAAAGCCGAGGCAUAAGGAAGCCAGAGUAACAUUAUAUUCAAAGCUCGAACCAGAUUAAAUUGUGUUGAUAUAGAUGAGGCGCAAUGGAGAAGCUACAUGCCCCUAGUAAUUUAAGUAUUUAACCCCAAGGAAGCAAUAUUCGUGUAAUUGUACAUUCCUUGUUGUAUAUGUAUUAUUAUGUACCAAGUAUCUAUCCAUCAAGGUGAAGAUAAACAAGAAGAAAACAAUUAAUAAGCAUUAAUAUCCCAUAA